AUGAGUCAACACCAUUCUUCCUCAUACUCGUCAUCAUCACGAGGAAGAGGUUACAAACAUACAUCUUCAACUUCUUUUUCAAAUCCGAAUGCACCAACACCAACGAGAGAGUAUUAUGGAAGUGGAGGAGGUAGUAGUGUAAGUUCUUCUCAUCAUCAGCAAGCUCGUCAUCGGGAUGAUGACUAUGAUCGAUAUUCUAGGUCGUAUCAAGGUAAUGAUGCAAGUUCAUAUCGGCAAGGAAGACCACCAUCAUCACCAUCCUCCUAUUAUCAUGAUGAAAGGAAAAGAGCUGAGCCGUCAUACCAACAUUACAAGGAUCCUGUACAUGAUGAUAGAAGUAACGUGAGUAACACCAAUGUUUCUUCUCACCAUAAUUAUCAUUCCGAAAAUUAUAACUAUCGCAAAUUUUAUGAUCAUAAUAGACCUUCUCAUGGUUAUCGUGAUGACAAGAUUUCAAGAAAGGAGGAUCAUUAUCAGAACCGUCCAACAAGCCAUCCUGCAUCUGGAAAUUACUCUCAACAAUCAUCUUCUAAUUAUCAACAACGUCACGAUGAUAGAUAUCAUCCACCAAGUAAAUCGCCAUCUCGAAAUAUUCCUGCUUCUUCACACGUAACACCUUUGACGAACAAUGAAACUAGAACUAAAAAUCAACAGACGGAAACAAAACGAAAAUCAGUUGUCGCAUUUAAAGAUCAACAUGACGAGCGAACCAUCACGCCCGAUAUGAAACGUGUAAAAUCCGAAAAGUCUUCAAUAAUGGAGCCAUCGGAAAAAUUGUCAGCAACAAACAAGGGCACUUUUAAUAAUGUCAGCAAUAUUGUGACUCAACAACAAAUCGCUCCACCUCCAAAUGAAGAGGAGAUUAUUAAGCAAACAUUGAUCAUGGAAGAACAAUUAAUUAAGGCAAAUGAUGAAAAUGAAGUGAAACGAAAACGUGAGGAGCGUAAAAAGAAAUUUCAACAAAUGGAGAAGGAAAAACAAGAGGCCUCUCCACAUCCGCAAUCAGAGGAUUCCAUUGCAUCGGACGACGAAAACCAAGCUUUUGUUGCUCCUCUCAGCUCUGACGCUUUCAAAUCAGGAGGCAACAGUUUUUAUUAUGAAUUGGAGCAAGAACGAAACAAGUUACAGGAAAGGUCUGCCAUUGAUGACGAGAUUAAUGAAUCAUCGAAAGAACCCGCAGCUGUCUCCCUGCAUGAUGACACAACAAAUGUGAAAGAAAAUGAGGGCGAAUCGUCUCCAUUCAUUGACAUGUUUGGAGCUUCUACUGAUGAAUUGGUGCAAGCUCUUGCUGAGCCCUCUGCCCAUGUUAACACUGCUGUCGACUUGUAUGACGAUCCUGAGGGCUAUUAUCGAUUCACCAUAGGAGAAGUCAUGAAUGAUCGAUACAAAAUUGAGGCAUUUCUUGGCCAAGGAGUUUUUUCAAGCGUUGUACAGGCUUCCGACAAACUUGCCAAAGAUCCUCAAUCACAACGUGUAGCUAUCAAGAUUAUAAGAAGUAGUGAAACAAUGCGAAAGGCUGGAACGAAAGAGUUGAACAUUAUUUCAAUGCUCAUGGAGAAAGAUCCCAAUGAUGAAUCACAUAUUAUUCGAAUGCUGGAUCAUUUCACAUACAGAAAUCAUUUAUGUCUCGUGUUUGAAUUGUUGGAAAUGAAUUUAAGAGAUGUUCUCAAACACUACGGUCGAAGGGAGGGCAAACAAGUGGGUAUCAGUAUGGAUGCAGUUCGAGUGUAUACCAAACAACUUCUCGUUGCUCUGAAACACAUUCAAGAUUGCAACAUUCUCCAUGCAGACAUCAAACCUGAUAACAUGCUUGUUCAUCCGAGCCAUACCAAAAUUAAAUUAUCAGAUUUGGGCUCGGCCUCAGAUGUUUCAGAGAACAGCAUUACCCCCUAUUUAGUGUCGAGAUUUUACAGAGCUCCAGAAAUUAUAUUGGGAAUGAAAUAUUCGUAUCCUAUUGAUAUGUGGAGUGUAGCUUGUACGGUGUUUGAGCUGUAUACUGGAAAAAUCCUCUUUCCUUCUCAAAACAAUAAUGAUGCCAUUCGAUUGAUGAUGGAAUUGAAAGGAAAAUUUUCGAAUAAGGUUCUGAAAAAGUGUGCUUUCCGAGAAACGCAUUUCGAUUUUAAUGGAGAUGGAGCUUUUUUAUUUCGGGAAUGGGACCCUUUGACCAAGAAAAUCAAAACUCGAAAACUGUAUUAUCAAAAAAGCGUCACUGACUUGAAGGCCAUGCUCUUGAAUUCCAUGAUCAGUAAUCAACAUUUACAGGACGAGAAGGCCAUGAAAGAGGAACGAAAGCUAGUCUUGAUGCUACACGAUUUCUUGGACAAGGCCCUUAUACUUGAUCCAUCUAAGCGCUUAACUGUUUCUGAUGCACUCAAACAUCCAUUUGUGACAGAAACUACAACUACGAUCCACACAGAGAAUUUGGUCAAUGUUUAA